UCAAACUAGGAUUGAAUUAUUCUUUCCCGAGGAACUCCCUUCUGUGGCCUGAAAAGACUGGUUUUUCGAUGAUUGCAUUUUCCUUCCCCCUGCCUCCUUUUCCACCCUUCUCGGUAUAAGGAUACAAUACGAAAUUUAUAUUCUUACUGCACGGCCCAAGAUAAACCACGUAGAUUCCUUGAAGUAAAAGAACUUUGUUGACUACCUGGCCUCUAGGGUCAAAGUUCCCUGCGUACCACCGUUUGAGUAAUUGCACCAGGCCUAGAGAGGAAGAACCACCAUAGGGUGGUGAACUGAAAGUGUGAACCUAUCAACAAACUUUCCAGGUGCUGAUUGGGAUGAAUGUCAUUUGGAGAAAUUCUAUAACCUGUCUAAGGAUAAAAAAGGUGCCACACAGAUACCAAAGUGGUUAUUACCCAGUGGUUCCUCUGGGAUCAAGAAUUUUAAAUGAUCCAGCCAAUGUUUUUGAACAUAACAUGUGGGAUCAUAUGCAGUGGUCAAAAGAAGAAGAAGAGGCAGCCAGAAAAAAAGUAGAGGAAAAUUCAGCUGUACGAGUCCUUUUGGAAGAACAAGUUAAAUAUGAAAGUGAAGCCAGUAAAUAUUGGGACACAUUUUACAAGAUUCAUAAGAAUAAAUUUUUCAAAGAUCGUAAUUGGUUAUUGAGGGAAUUUCCUGAAAUUCUUCCAACUGAUCAAAAAACUAAAGAGAAGGCGAGAAAAUUACCAUGGGAUUAUGUUGAAAGUAAUGCUACAGAUUGUUUCUCAAGAAUGCUGUGCCAUACUAUGCCCAAAGAGAGAAGUUCUGGUUCAUCAGGUAGUCAAAGCAAACCAGAAUCAGACUUACUCCUUCUGGACUCUAAAAAACACAGAAAAGUGCCUCUGAAGAUGGAAUUUCCGGGCAGCAAGGCCACUUUCAGAAUCCUAGAGGUUGGCUGUGGUGCUGGAAAUAGUGUUUUUCCAAUUCUGAACACUUUACAAGAUACUUCAGAGUUCUUUCUUUAUUGUUGUGAUUUUGCUUCUGGAGCUGUGGAACUAGUCAAGUCACACUCAUCCUACCGAGCAGCCCAGUGCUUUGCCUUCGUUCACGACAUUUGUGAUGAUGGCUUACCCUACCCUUUUCCAGAUGGGAUCCUGGAUGUCAUUCUCCUUGUCUUUGUGCUCUCUUCUAUUCAUCCUGACAGGAUGCAAGGUGUUGUAAACCGACUGUCCAAGUUACUGAAACCUGGAGGAAUGCUAUUAUUUCGGGACUAUGGAAGAUAUGACAAGACUCAGCUUCGUUUUAAGAGAGGGCAUUGUUUAUCUGAAAAUUUUUAUGUUCGAGGAGAUGGUACCAGAGCAUAUUUCUUUACAAAAGGGGAAGUCCACAAUCUGUUCUGCAUGUCUGGGUUAGACGAGAAGCAAAAUCUGGUUGAUCAUCGCUUACAAGUUAAUAGGAAAAAGCAAGUGAAAAUGCACCGAGUGUGGGUUCAAGGCAAAUUCCAGAAACCACUAAAGUUGCUCACAAGUUAAUAGAGAAAAACAAGUGAAAAUGUACCGCGUGGGCUCAAGACAAAUUCCAGGCAACAUUACAUUUGACUCAAAAAAGCUCCAGAUUGGUGUUUACACUACUUUCUCAGGCUGAAUUGCAAGACAUGGUAAAGUGCAAACCAGAGGACUACAUUAUUCAAAGAUUUCUGAUUUCUGUAAAUCCUUCAUUUCUAAAAAGACAUUCUGAAGAAAAGGAGAGCAGUUGUAUAUCCUACUGUUUAUCAUAGGUGAGCUCUUUGGUGCCUUUUAAACACAUGUAAAUGAUCUGGAAGAGUGUACAAGUCAUAAGAUCAAGAGGAAUGCAUAUUAUUUUUGGUUUUGUUGUCUGUUUUACCCCCAAAGUUUUUUGUGUGUUGUUUUUUGUUUUAAAUUCAGAGGCUCAUGUCUGAAAUAGAAUUUAGUUUCUCUUUCCAUUCUUAAAAUUGGGGAAGUAUGACUCAUGCUAACAUUAAAUUCGGACUAUUAGAGGUACAAAUUGUUGUAAGUUCUCUUCAAGACAGCUAUUAUACCCAGGGAAAAAUAAUUCAGAUUAUGGCAACUAAAGCUCUAGUUACAAUCUUACCUCAAAAAGGAUACAUAAGUUGGCUUUUAUGUUGUACAUUUAAGAAUGGAGUUUCUAAGAUAAUUUUUUUUUCAUGUCAUAUAACACUGAGUACUUUGUGCAAAAUU